AUGGCUGUUAUUACUCAUGAAACAAAAACUCAAUUUAAAUCUGCUCCAUUUGAUGUAGCGCUAGCUGAAACAGAAUUUGGUCGCUAUAAUUAUUUUUUAAUAAUUGUAUCGGGAAUUAUUAUUGUUAAUACAGUUUUAGAAAUAACUGGAAUAGGUUAUGUAUUACCAAUAGCUGAAUGUGAUUUAAAUUUUAGUGAAACACAAAAGAGUGCAUUAAGUUGUAUUGGUUUUGUUGGAAUAAUAUGUGGUUCAUAUAUAUGGGGUUUAUUAGCGGAUACACUGGGACGAAGAAAAGUUAUGAUACCAUCAAUAUCAAUUGCAUUUUUUAUAACAAUAAUAUCAAGUUUUUCAAUAAAUUUUAUAAUGUUAAUAACAUUAAGAUUUAUUAAUGGAGUAUUUACAUGUGGUGGAUCUGCAACUAUAUUUGCAUAUUUAAGUGAAUUUCAUUUUUCAAAAAAACGUAAUCGUGUUAUUAUGGGGGCAUCAUUCUUUUCAGCAAUUGUAUCAAUAAGUUUUCCAUUUGUUGCUUGGUUAAUAAUAAAUCAAGAUUGGCAAUUAAAAAUUGAAUUCUUAGGAAUAAUUUAUAAACCAUGGCGACUUUAUUUAAUUAGUUGUGGACUUUAUGGUCUUUUAGGUACAAUUUGUUUAUAUAAUUGUUAUGAAAGUCCAAAAUUUUUAUUAUGUAUUGGAAAACAACAAGAAUCUUUAGAAAUAUUAAAAAAAAUAUAUUCAAUUAAUACUGGUAAACCAUCAAGUGAAUAUACGAAGGGUUCACAACGUGUUGAUAAAUUAGAAUUUGGAACUAUUGAAUAUACAGUUAUAUAUGAAGUUAUAUAUCCGAUAGCAUUUCUUCUUGUGGCCAGUGGAAUGAAAUUUGUUGGACGUGUUAAAAUUUUAUUUUUAAUAUUGACAAUUUGUGGAACUUGUAGUAUUUUAUCAGCUGUUAUUAAUAUACCAAUUAUUGGAAUAUUUUUAUAUUUAAUACAAUUAUUAGCUGGAAUUGGAGUUACUGUGAUCAGUUCAUUAAGUGUUGAAUUAUUUCCAACACAUCUUAAAACAAUGGCUGUUUCAUUAGCUUUUAUGUUUGGAAGAUUUGGUAGUGUUUUUGGAUCUAAUCUAUUUGGAUUAUUAAUGAGUAAUCAUUGUGAAAAAGCAUUUAUUGGUGCUGGUACUAUGUUAAUAUUAAGUGGUUUUUUUAUAUUUUUAUUACCAAAACCAGUUAAAACAGUUUUGCCAACAAAAAACAAUGAACCAAUUGAAAAUGAAAAUGAUGAAGAUAUUUAUAUAACAAAGCUUUAA